UACUGGUUUUUAUUAUAGAUAGUGCUGUCAAUUCGUGGUGAUAUAUAUUUUAAUGACGAUAUAAACUUUAGAGAUAAAAAUACAAGCGAGAUUUUCUAGUGUUAUAUAGGACUUAUAUUGUGAGAGACAAUUGUGUUACUAAGCAGAAAUUAUUCCUGGAGUUAGACGGAGAUUAAGAAUCAGAGAUGGCUGUUUGUCAUGAGAACUCCAGUUCCGUGUUUUCUACGAGACCGAGUCCGACCAGUUUCAACUUUCCGCAUUUUGGUUACGGGGCACAGGCUCCUGGUUAUGCCCCCGAUUACAGUCAAUAUAGCUCCAUGGCUGAAGCGACGUACCAGCAACCCCCGUGGGCCGGGAUGUAUGCCAGUGCUCCCCGCGCCGCUCACUCUGGAUUAGAAGACUGGACCCAAGGUUACAUGGUGCCAGUGACAUCCUCAGCCAUCCAACAGCCUUACAACUACUCCUACAGACCCCCAGUAGCAACUACCAUGGGUAUCGAUUAUUCUCAGAGUGUUAUGGGACAAGGGCAUUCUCCACUCAACGGUUCCCCACCCCUGACUUCAUCUGGUGAUGACAGCCCUAAUGGUUCAGGUUCCAGCAUCUCCAAGGCCAUGAGAGCACCUUAUGAAUGGAUGAAACCUGCCCAGGCACCGCCUGCUAGUGGUAAGACCCGUACCAAGGAUAAAUACCGGGUUGUAUAUACUGAUCAUCAACGUUUAGAAUUAGAAAAGGAAUUUCACUAUAGUCGUUAUAUCACUAUUAGACGUAAAGCUGAGAUUGCUGCACAAUUAGCUCUUUCAGAGAGACAGGUUAAAAUUUGGUUCCAGAACCGUCGUGCCAAAGAAAGAAAACAAAAUAAGAAAGGCAAAGAUAUGGAUGGUGGCAUGCCAGGUAAACUAGAAUACGACGAACCAUUGUCUCCCUCUAGUGGAAACAUGUCUCUACCAAAUAUAAUGAAUACAGAUAUCCAACAACACCAUCAACAACAACCACAACAACAUUCCUAUCAUCAUCAACAACAUCAUCAACAGUCACACUCCCCACAACCAGUGCUCUCUCCUCCCACAUCUCUCCCACAGCUGAUGGUGAAAAGUGAACUUUCGGCUAUUGACUUAGGUAAUUCGGUUUCACCCCCGCAUUCCUAUUAACCCUUGUUUGUGAAAAAUAUUGUAGUGUGUAUAUGUGCGAAUUGUGAAUUAUACCCAAGACCUAUCCGGUCCAAAGCGUUGCGCUACGUGGUCGGUGAGGGCAAAUAAAGCAGAACUCAAAAUUUGAACUUUAUAAAACGAGAGACCAUUAUGAGAUUCUGUGAUUUGUUAAUGAAGUUUUUUUUUGUUAUUUUUGUUGUGUUUUCGUUUCGAUUUUAUAAUGUAUUUUAAAUCAAUUACUUUUCUUAUUUGAUACGAAUCGUAUUUCACCCAAAUUGGCUCAAAAUGUUUAUUUUUUUUAAUGAAAUAACGUUUAUUUGAAAUAAUUACAAAUAAUAGGGCUGUAAAUAAAAACUGUACAUAGAAAGAAAUCCUCCCCGUGUGAAAUAAAAAGCGAAAAACAUAUUAAUUUGUACAUUUUGCCAAGUAACCUAUUGACAUCACGUCUUAAAUGUAAAUAUAUUUAUUUCUUUUAGUGGUUAAAUAAACUACGAAAUAAAAUCCUUUACGUAAAA